AUGGUCAUUCGCAGAAGAAUUGCUGUGCUUUUCCUAGCCGCUCUUCUUGCUCUCCUCCUCCUCAAUUGGUUCCAUCCGAGAUCAAAGACUUCAGAGUCUCCCACUGGCUUUGAGAUUGAGCUCAUAACUUUUUGGGGCAACUUCUCUGUUGCUUUGAAAGAUGCGGCCCCUCCAGUUCCUCUGCCCAACAAGCAUGUUGAGGCGAUGAUCAAUCCAUACGAUGGCCGCAACCGGGCAAUGUUCAACCAUCGACAGGAUCUCAUAGAUUUAUCAGAUGAGCAUGUCCAGCUCUUGCGUGCCUCACAUACCCAGUACGUCGAAAUAGCGCGGGAAUUGGCCCCGAAGCUGCCGUAUCAGCAGGGCUCAAAAGGCAUUGCGGUCACAGCGUCAGGGGAAUGGGUACCCGAACUCGUCGUAUCUCUCAAAAUCUUGAGGAAUUCAGGCUCUACUCUCCCUGUCGAAGUUUUCAUAGAAUUCCCUGAAGUCUACGAGCCCUCGAUCUGCUCAAUCGUACUUCCCUCUCUCAACGCCCGUUGCAUCCUCUUCAGCUCCAUCCUAAACUCUACGCACUCGAACUUCACAGUCUCCAAAUACCAACUCAAACCCUUCGCCCUCCUCUUCUCCACCUUUGACUCUGUUCUCCUCCUCGAUGCUGACAACCUCGCCGUACAGCCCCCGGAGGACCUUAUGACCGCCGCUCCCUUCAACACAACGGGCCUCAUAAUCUGGCCCGACUACUGGGCCAACACCGCCUCUCCCCUCUUCUUCUCCAUUGCCUCAAUCCCCACAAUUUCAUCAGCCGGCGACCGCGCAUCCACCGACUCCGGCCAAGUCCUCCUCUCGAAAUCCAAACACGCGCUCACCCUUCUCCUGAUAGCCUACUACAAUGUCUACGGGCCCUCGCAUUACUAUCCACUCCUAUCCCAAGGUGCCGUAGGCCAAGGCGACAAAGAAACAUAUCUUGCCGCCGCCAUGGCGCUGAAUGCGCCCUUCUACGACGUGAAAACCCCAAUUUUACAACUAGGGUUUCAUCCCAAGGGCCCCGGAGUAGCAAAGAUGCAACACAACGCGCCUACGAUUGGAGGUAAGCAUGCUAGCGCCUCUACGCAACACGAUCCCCGGGGGAGUUUGAGGGCAAGGAUAUGA